AUGCAGCAGGCAGUCUACACUCCUCCACCAGUCUCCGAACUCCAUUUUUAUUCUUGUGUCGAAGACUACAUAGACGAAGAAGAACUGCUUCAAAAAUUACUUUACACACUCACUGAAAGUUUUUGCAGAGAAAUCAGAGAAGUAAUGCAUAAUUUCUGGUCCUUGAACACUGACGUCUUCUUCGAAGUGUUGUCCCGGUUGCCAACAAAAUGUUUGUUGGGAUUAAAGUGUGUUUGCAAAGGAUGGCAUCGUCUUCUAUCUGACCGUCUUUUCAUCAAGUCUCAGUCACAACAGCGAGAACCAAUAUUUGGAUUCUUCUUCCAGCACAGGUUCCACUGGUGCUUAGAUGAUAUCAAAACUAUUAAUCAUAUCCCUGUUGAAUCUGAAGGAUUGCAGCAGAGAGUAUUUAGGUUUCUCCCCGAAGAUGUUGUAGUGAUGGCAUCAUGCAAUGGGCUGGUCUGUUUGAGGAGUUGCUACCCUUUUAAAGAUCCAUCCAUCUAUGUGUGCAAUCCAUUGAACAGAGAAUGGAUCAGGCUGGAUUGGACCAAAGCUGAUAAAGAAACCAGCAUUGCUCUAGUUUUUGAUCCAUGUCGAGAACCUAUUGGCCAUUCAACUAACUUUAAAUUGGUUCAAGUGCAACAAUGUGAGGCUGGAGCUGAGGAUUUUUACUUCUCAUUUGACAUAUACUCUUCAGAUACUGGUGAUUGGAGGACAUCGAAAGAGAUUUGUCUAUGCAAUGAUAGAUUGUACAAGAACAAAGGCACUCUUAUUGGAGGGAUCUUACAUUGGUUGACUAAUGGUGAUGAAAUCCUCACAUUCAACAUUGAAAAUGAGCUAUCUUGGUUGAUUUCAGUCCCAAUUUCUGCUGCAACACUAGAUAGCGUCCCUGAGGCAUGUAUAGGGGAAUCUGAUGGUAAGCUACAUUAUGUCAUGGUCUCUGAAAAUGGAUUUCAUGUUUGGUGUUUGGAGGACUAUUUUGAAUUCCAUUGGACGCUUAAACACUCAAAAAGUCUUGAUGCAAUGGAAGAAGAACAUCCAGAAUUCCUGUGCAACUUACAGGUGAGAGUGACACAGCGACUAGCUGAUUCAACUCCAUGGAUGGAUCCCUUGGCCUUUAAAGACGGGUACGUAUUGAUGAGGGUGUGCACCAACAUCUACCUCUAUCAUGUCAACACAAACAAGAUGAAGAAAGUCUGUGGACAGAAUGAGAUGGGUACUUGUUCCACUUUCAAUCCUAUCGUUCUUCCAUAUUCUCUGAGUCUCGUGCCUUUAAGUUGGGCUUAGUGGAUAGCAGAACUGAGUUUUUGCUUCUCUAGUCUUUAUCCUUUUUACAAUUUUGAUGAGCAUUAUAGAACACAUCAGUUUAUGCUUUGGCUUGAUAGCUCACUAGCUAUGACAA